UGCUGCAAGUGCCGUAGUUCCGUCUCCAACUCAAACACUUCGUAUUCACCUCUCUUGUGCACUCUGGCCCCUUCUCCGUGCUGAAUGCUGAGGCCCACCUGAGCCCGCGAACGGCUAAGGCGAUCCCGGGCUAGUCACGUGAGUGCCCGUCGAGUAGGCAGCCUUAGUCAGCCACUAUCGCGGAGCGUUGGCGUAAACAACGGCGGGACUCGCGUAUGCACACCAGUAGUUCCGCCCGACGGUCAAGACUAAGCUGAGUCUACAAGCCGCAUCAACACGACCAGCAACAUACCAUCCGCAGACCACGUCGCAUGUAACACCAGUCGAUAUCACGCGUCCUACAAUACUACAAUGGACGACCGCAGGAGCGUGCGCUCUAUAAGCCGGCGCAAAUCACCUACUCCCCAACCACCUUCCAAGGCAACUGCCCAGCAAUUGGGACGCGCAUCGCGAGCGAGAAGUUUGCGCAGUGCGAGUCGCGAAGUUGAGGGAUUUGUCGACAUCCAGAAACCCGCCCGCCGAAGCGCGCGACAAGCAAGCGUGACUACAAAUGAUGAGAGCGGAUACGAGCCACAAAAGGCGCGCAAGACAAAGCGCAACUCCGCAAAAGAGCUACUGGGAGACCUCACAGUCGUUGAGGAAAUGGAUACCCAGAUUGACCUCGAGCAAGACAAAGAAGCCCCAGGUACACCUACGCGCACCGAUACCGAGCCCGAACAUGCGUCCUUUCAAUCACCCGGCGCUGCAUCCCAAAUGUCUGGGACCACGGCGAUCUCCUCUUUCAGUAUGGUCGAAGCCGAGUUCCUGGAGCCUAGGUUUAUCCUGAAGCAUUUGCGCAAGUUGUGUGACUCUGCUGAGGAGUUUUUGGAACACAUUGCGCCUGAUGGAGGAACGAUGGCAGACGACUUGCAGAACAUACGAGAGAUGCAGAAACCGGGCUCGACUUAUACGGAAGAUUAUCUGGAUCUCAACGACGAGUUGAAUGUGCAUUUGAAGCACUUCAAGAGCGAAGAACACAGCUACAUACAUAUCAGAGCGCUUCACCGCGCUCUUUUCAAGACGAGUGACGAUGUCGCGGCAUCGCAGAGCGGGCUGAAUCUGAUUCUCUACCUCGCCAAUUUAUUGGUGUUGGCGAAGCAGAUGAUCCAUUCGAACCGGGAUGAUAAGAACAUCUGGGAUGUGCUGCGACAACUGGAUAACACUUUUCCAGCCCAAUUCAUGCAGGACCUCGACUAUGGUUUCCAGCCGACAGAAACAGGCCAGAGUGGGCUAUACCAAGAAACACUUGAUCUUGCAGUAGAGUUACGGACCCAGUUGGCAAUACUUGUGCUUCAAAGGUCCGCCGAAAGCCCCGAAUUUAAUGUCGAAGAAACGCUGGAUGAAAUUUUCCUCCAUCCUAAGUCGUCUGAUGGUGUAUGGGCGAUCCGUGGGUGGAACAUGCCAGUCUUGGGAGAUGACGAUUCAUUUUUGUCCCAGGAUUUUGAACGUCUGGUUAAGAACCGAGUGCAGGAAAUCCAAGAAUUUUUUCGCGAGGGAUCGUCUAUUGCUGAACUGGACGACCUAAAAUCAGCCUUUCCUUGGGAGCCAACUAUUCUUCGCCUUUUAGACUGGGUGCGUCUUCGACGGAGGGAACUCAAAGCUGUUAUCGACUCUCUUGGUGGAUCAGUGGAGAUUACGCGGAACGUUAGACAAGCUGUGGAGGAUCCUCAGCCUGUUGUCGAAAAAGAUCAACGAGAGUCACUGCGCAAAAAGCGAACUUCGAUAGGUCGCGACCGAAGACGUAGCAGCCGCAAAUUCGAUCCAAACGCCGGUGUCGAUCUGCAUGCUCUCAGCAAACUGAAAUCGAGAGAAGGUGAUUCGGGUGUAUAUUUAGAGCCUACAGCUUCUCGGCAAAAUCGGGAGAAAAUUCCGCCCCAGCAGCCAAUUGAAGGAGUGCAACCGGAGAGAAACGACCAAGAAGACGAUUCAGAAUGGCAAACAUUGAUUGGUAGCGAAGACCAGCAACCCGAGGGUGAGCACUCUGAAAAGCGCUUGGAAGAGAAGCACAUCGACCACCAACCAGCGGUGGAAGACGAAGAGGAACACCAGAUAGAAGACUUUGAAGAACCUCAACCAUCAGCUCCGCCGCAGAGUCCUGCAUCUCUACUCAGGGCUCUCAAGGCUUUACAGAAGCCGCAGAAAGAGAACCGCCCAAUAUCAAUCUUCGAUCGUCAAACGACAGCACAGCGCAUCGAAUUCGGUGACGGCUUCGAGGACACACAGCGAACAGCCGGCCCGUCAAAUACAGCCAAAGGAAAACAAACCGCGGAACCUUCCCCACGCAAACGUCGCCGUGAAAAUUCGGACGAUUCGGACUCCGACGCUUUCGAAACCAAAGACCGUGGCGACCAUGCCCCAGUGCGUCGUCGCGCGAUGCCUUGGGCAAAAAGACAGCGCACUGAAGGACCACCAGCACCUACAUCCUCCGGUGCACCACCGAGCCACCAACCCCCUCCCCGUUCUACACAGCCACAUACCCGUCCCUUGUCUGAACAAGAAGAAUCCGUCUCUGAGGCCUCCUCUCCCUCCAUGACCGAAGAGCCCGAGCUUCCACCUUCCUCCACAUGGCGCGACCAACGCAAGCUCGCGCAAGAAAAUCGCGCUCUCGAAUCCACGCAGUCUCGCAACAGCCGCAAUGAGCGCAAAUCCCGCGAAGCAUGGUCGAACGAAGAGGAAGAAGCUUUGAUUGAAUACAUGCGCAAAUAUCCUAGCAAAUAUUCAAGGAUACUGCAGUAUGAUGAGCAAGAAGGGGGUGGCGUGUUGCGAAACAGGAAUCAGGUCAAUCUAAAAGAUAAGGCACGGAAUCUGGCGAUUAAUAUGAUACGAUCAGGAGCUGGUCUUAGAUCAGGGUUUGAAAACAUCAUACACCCCGGCGAAAAACAAGGGAGAGCUCUCAUGGCUGCUGGAUGGGUAAUGCACAAUGAUGGGUCGUGGGAGAAAGUCCAAUAG